AACUUUACGCAACUCGAACAAAUAACAAUUCCUAAUUCUUUUAUCUCCCCCAAACCUCUACAUAUUAUUUCUCUGCUCUUUCGGUUAUCUGUUACACCCAAUUUCAAUUCGUUAAAUCCUUUCAUUUGCCCUAAUUCUUCUUCAAUCCCCUGGUUUUCGCUCUUUCAUUCUCCAUUUAGGGUUUAUUUCAUCGGUUCGCGUCCUCUAUUCAAUCGAUUUGCUGAAUUUUUGCGGCGAAUUUGAUUAAUUACUCCCCAAUUUCAUCGAAUUGGUUCCAGAUUAUCGAUUGUUCAUCGAUUUUUUUCAUCAUUGUUAUCGAAUCAGUCGUUAAUUUUAUCAAUUUGCAGCGGUUGCGACGUUUUCGGAUUCGUUCUGUUUUUGUUUAUGAAUCUAGGUUAAAUUGGACUGAAAUUAGGGUUUUUGUUGAGGUUUUUGGAAUGAAUUUAGGGUUUUUUGUUGAUGAAUUUUGGAAUUGUUGAAGAUUUAGUGAAGGUUUACGAAUCUUGAUAGGUUUACGUUAAAUUGUGGUGGAAUUAGGGUUUGUGGAAUGAGAUUAGGGUUUCUGAUGAAUGAAUUUUGCGAUUGAUGAUGAUUAAACAGAUGGUGAAAUCAGAACGGGUGAAAGUGAAACGGUGUAAGUUAGAGGAGGAUAAUGGAGCUUGUUUUAUUGAGUAUGAUGAUAAUGUUGUCAAUGCUUGGUGUUCGUCUGCGAAUUUGAAGUCGAAUUCGUGUUCGGUUCACCGGGUUAAGUCUUCUCGAGGGCGUGUUUCGGUGUGUCCUUCGCGGUUCAAUGAUUCGGUUGUUGGGUUGUGGAAGAAGGAGGGUGGUAAUGAUAAUGAUGGUUUGAAUAAGCGGAAAAACCCGUUUUUUGACGGGGAGUUGGUUUCGAAGAAACAGACUGUGGAAGUGGAUGUAUGUUUUGUAGAUGCUCCAGUUUCGGUUGAUUACAAUGUGUUUAAUAAUAGUAAUAAGGGGAUCAAGAAUAAGUUUAAGAUAUACCAAGCGAACGAUUUGUUUGGACCGCAGGAUUUUGUUGCAGGUGAUAUUGUUUGGGCGAAAUGCUCGAAGCGGUCUCCUGCUUGGCCUGCUGUUGUGAUUGAUCCUAAACAUGAAGCUCCUGCUUCUGUACAGAAAGCUUUUGUUCCCAACACUGCUUGUGUCAUGUUUUACGGGUAUUCAAGAAAAGGAACGCGGGAUUAUGCAUGGGUGAAGGGUGGAAUGAUUUUUCCAUUUUUGCAGUAUAUGGAAAGAUUUGAGGGACAGACUCAUUUAUUUGGUUGCAAACGAGAUGAUUUACGUAAGGCAAUAGAAGAGGCGUACAGUAUAGAAAACGAGCAUUUGAAUUCUGGGUAUAGAGAUAGGCAAGAACGUUCAAGCGAAUCGGAUCUGGUUGAGAUCCAUGUGGGACCUGCUACAGAUUUUGAUCAUGAGUAUUUCAAUCGUAAGAAGAUGUACUGUGAUGGUUGUAAUCUUUGGGUACAUGCUGAAUGCAAUGAAAUUUCAAGCAAUCACUUCACGGAUCCGGAAAACAAUGAAUAUUGCUGCCCAGAAUGCAAGGGUCAGUUUUCAUUUGACCAAUCGGUUGUAGACGAAAGUCAAUCUAAAGUCAGCAGUUGUACAGAAAGCAAUGACCAGAGUACACUUCCUGACAAAAUAGUUGUCGUCUGUACGGACGUUGAAGGCAUUUACUAUCCAAAUCUUCAUCUAAUUCAGUGCAAGUGUGGUUCAUGUGGGACCAGGAAGCAAACUCCAUCCGAAUGGGAACGGCAUACUGGUUCUAGAGCAAAAAAGUGGAAAGUCAGCAUUAAAGUCAAAGAUUCGAUGUUACCACUAGAAAAAUUGCUUGCAGAUUAUAACAUUGAUUAUUAUGCUAAGGCUGUUUCGAAUCAAUUAGAUGAACAACAACUGUUUUCGUUUAUUCAAGAGAAGUAUGAACCUGUUUAUGCAAAGUGGACAACCGAACGAUGUGCAAUUUGUAGAUGGGAUGAAGAUUAUGAUAUUAACAAAAUCAUCAUCUGCAACAGAUGUCAAAUCGCUGUUCAUCAAGAAUGCUAUGGAGUUAGAGAUAUGAAUGAUUUCACAUCUUGGGUUUGUCGGGUGUGUGAAACACCCGAGGUUGAGCGAGAAUGUUGCCUUUGCCCUGUAAAAGGUGGUGCAUUGAAGCCGACUAAUAUUGAUACGCUGUGGGUCCAUGUAAUAUGUGCGUGGUUUCGACCGGAGGUUGCUUUUCUAAGCGGUGAAAAGAUGGAACCUGCAGUUGGGCUUUUACGGAUUCCACCCGAUUCAUUUGUGAAGAGAUGUGUAAUUUGCAAACAAGUUCAUGGUUCUUGCAUACAAUGUUGCAAAUGUGCCACAUGCUUUCACGCCAUGUGUGCUUCACGGGCUGGCUACUGUGUCGAGUUGCAUUCGUCUGAGAAAGGUGGGACAUAUCAAACCAAAUGGUCAACAUACUGUGCAAUGCACAGAACCCCUGCAGAUAACGGUAUCGUGAUUAGGACUUCUUCAGAGGUGUUUUGCGCAAAAGGAUUACUCGUAAACCAGAAUCAAAAACAGAGUUUUAGGGGUUCAAGACUCGUGCAAUGCACAGGUUUGGCUUCAUCAACAGUCGAGAAUGAUGAGUUUGAGCCACAGUCAGCUGCCAGGUGUCGCAUUUUUAGAAGAAAAACUUCAAAGAAUGACGUGAAAGAAGCAUUAUUCCACCGACUAAUGGGCCCGACCCAGCAUUCGGUAGACGAUAUAGAUUGUUUAACCUCUCACAAUGAAAUCCAGGAUCUGAAUACUUGUUCUACCUUCAAGGAACGACUUAAUGCUCUACAGAGGAUGGAAAAACGUCGGAUUUGUUUCGGUAAAUCUGGUAUACAUGGAUGGGGCCUCUUUGCUCGCCGGAAGAUUCUAGAAGGAGAAAUGGUUCUUGAAUACCGCGGUGAGCAGGUUAGACGUAGCAUUGCAGAUUUGAGGGAGGUACAAUAUAGGUCACAAGGGAAAGAUUGUUAUCUCUUUAAAAUUAGUGAGGAUAUUGUAAUCGAUGCUACGGAUAAGGGUAAUAUGGCUCGUUUAAUCAAUCAUUCGUGCAUGCCCAAUUGCUAUGCUAGGAUUUUGAGUAUGGGCGAAAAUGAGAGUCGGAUUGUUCUUAUAGCUAAAACCAACGUUGCAGCUGGCGACGAAUUGACGUAUGAUUACAAAUUUGAUCAAGAUGAGCCGGAUGAAGUUAAAGUCCCCUGUUUAUGUAGAGCCGCCAAUUGUCGGAAUUUUUUGUGAAACGCAUACCAGAAUACUUGCUUUUUGUUUGUUUAUUUUUUUCAUAUCGAGUUAUAGCAUGUAAGUCUGCGGUUUUUAGGCAGAUGAAAGUCCGAGUAUUCUUUUUCACUAAAAAGGUUUAUACAAGGCUACUUUAGUUCUUUAGA